GAGGAUCAAACCGGGUAAAGAUGGCGUCAGGGAAGAAAGCGGGCAGUGAAAGUGGUGAAACUGCUGUCAAUGGGAGACGGUCAAUAAAGCACAAAGACGGCGGCUCUGCAGUAAUGGACACCAAGGCGGUGUUCACGGCCCUGUAUGACGUCUGCGAGGAGAACGCCUCCUUCUUCUCCGGGGCAGUAAGGGCCCUCAGGGGGGACGCGGCCCGGCGUCUGGUGGAGGCCAUGACGCUGAUCCAGGACCACGCCCGCAGCCUGGAGCCCGUCAUCUCCGGCUUCACCGCCAUCUACCACCACUUCGACUUCGCCGCUGAUCCCGCCAACGGCUACCGCUCCCUCGUCAAGGUGGUGCGCUGCUGCCUUCUGCACAUCAUCCACAAGGGGCGCUACAUCGCGUCCAGCCGGCGCAGCAUCUUCUUCCGCGCGACGCACAACGCGGGCGAGAUGGAGGCGUACUGCAGCGCCCUGUGCCAGCUGCGCGCCCUGCUCUACCUGGCGCAGCGGCUGCUCCACGACAACGGCCACGGCAACCUGUUCUUCCAGGAGGAGAGCGGGCUGAGCCGCAGCUUCGUGCGCGAGUACGCCUCCAUGCACAAGGGCUGCUUCUACGGCCGCUGCCUCGGCUUCCAGUUCACCCCAGCUAUCCGCCCAUUCCUGCAGACCAUUGCCAUUGGCCUGGUCUCGUUUGGGGAGAACUACAGAAGACACCAGUCUGGAAUAGGAGUGGCCGCCAGCUCCUUCUUCACGUCUGGGAAGUACGCCAUCGACCCUGAGCUGAGGGGGGCGGAGUUUGAGCGCAUCACCCAGAACCUGGACGUGCACUUCUGGAAGUCCUUCUGGAACAUCACAGAAACGGAGGUUCUGUCGAGCCUGGCCAGCAUGACGUCCACCCAGGUGAAGGUGAACCGCGCCCUGUCCGUGCCCCCUGUGCCCUUUGACCUCCCGCGGGUCUCAGACCCCACGCUGACCGUGACCGUGGCCCCGCCCACGGCCCACUACGGCCCCGCCCCCAUUCAGAUGCGUCUGAUCUCCCAUGAGCUACGUGAAGGACAGGACAGCGAGGAGCUGCUGGCCCUGGCCCGUUCAGAGGGGGCCCCCCUCUCCCUGUCCCUGGGGCUGAAGGCCAGACGCAGCCCCCCCUCCCCCUGGCUCCUGGUGCACUUCCACGGGGGCGGCUUCGUGGCACAGACGUCCAAAUCACACGAGCCCUACCUGAAGAGCUGGUCCCAGGACCUGGGCGUGCCCAUCCUGUCGGUGGACUACUCCCUGGCCCCAGAGGCCCCCUUCCCCCGGGCCCUGGAGGAGUGCUUCUACGCCUACUGCUGGGCCCUGAAGAACUCCCACCUGCUGGGCUGGACGGGCGAGCGCGUGUGUCUGGGCGGAGACAGCGCGGGGGGGAACCUGUGUCUCACCACGUCGAUGCGGGCCGCCUCGCAGGGCGUGCGCAUGCCCGACGGCAUCAUGGCGGCCUACCCCGCCACCCUGCUGACGGCGUACGCCUCUCCGUCGCGCCUGCUCACGCUGAUGGACCCGCUGCUGCCCCUGAGCGUGCUGUCCCGCUGCCUCAGCGCCUACGCCGGUACGGAGCCGCUGGCGGAGAAGCAGGUGGAGAAGGUGAGCACGCUCAGCAUGGUGAGAAGAGACACCGCCCUGCUGCUCAGAGACUUCAGACAGGGGGCAGCCAGCUGGAUACAGGCCCUGCUGGAGCCCAACAGAGCCACUACUGACACGGUGAGGAAGAGCGUCUCUGAGGCCACCCUCAGCUCGCUGCACUCCGACCCCCCCGUGCCGCCCCAAACCUCCCAGUUCUCCCUGAGCAAGGACUCCCCGAAGAGCCAGACCUGCCAGGACCUGGGGUCCCACCGCAGCCCUGCCCCCGACAGCCCCCCAGCGGCCUCGGAGCGGACGGCCGAGGACGUCAGCUUCUUCCUCUCGGCGGAAGACGAGCUCUCCGUCUCCGCCUCUCCGGACGAAGGCCCGGACGCCCCGUACGCCCGUGAGUUCCCGGAGGGCUUCGAGCCGGUGCGCUCCGAACACCUGGCCGAGAUGAGGGUGCAGAGCUCGCCCAUCGUCCGCAACCCCUACAUGUCCCCCCUGCUGGCGCCCGACAGCAUGCUGAGGGGCCUGCCCCCCGUACACAUAGUGGCCUGUGCACUGGACCCCAUGCUGGAUGAUUCCAUCAUGUUCGCCAAGAGGCUGAGGAACGUCGACCAACCAGUGACGCUGCGCGUGGUGGAGGACCUCCCCCACGGCUUCCUCAGCCUAUCGCAGCUCUCCCGCGAGACCCGGGAGGCCGCCGGCGUCUGCGUGGAGCGAAUCAGGGAGGUCUUCACCCAGGAGGGCCCGCCCCCGGCCCCGGCCACGGCCACGCGCAAGCACCGCAAGCUGGAGAGGACAGACGGAAGCUUCCAGAGCACCAAGCCCCUCACGGCCACCAUCACAGAGGAGGAGGACCAGCUCCCCCAGGCGGAGGACUCGCCCCAGGCGGACGGGCAGAACAGUUCGGACAGCAGAGAGAUCGGGGCGUAGCGGGCGGGCAGGAAGAGGGGGGAUGAACCGAGAGGAUGGAAGGUGCAAGAGGCAGAAAGAACAGAUAACUCAGAUGGGUCAAGAGGAAAGGAGGAAUGAAGUGGUGCUUUGGAGAGGAGCGGAGGGGUACUGGAAGCCUCAGUCUCUCACUCGGGGCGUGGCUUUCCUCUGCUGGUGCCGCUUGCUGUUGCACUGUAUGGAAACUAACUGGGUCCAUUAUAAACCUUAAACAUGCACACCUUCUACGGGAGGCCGUAUGCUGCGAAUCCGCAAUCAUAAGCUGAAGCGCGUACAGAAAUCUCCGACAGUGGAGAGAACACGCCACGCACAUGCACACACACGCACACACACACGCACACACACACGCACACACACGCACACAUACGCACACACGCACACACACACACACUGCACACACACGUACACACACACGCACACACACAUGCACACGCACACACACACACAUUCCCAUACGCACAGACAUUGCCUUUCUCUUUCGGCUGUUUGCAAAGAUUGCACAAAUGAGAGAUAAUUUGGAAUCAGAACACUGCACUCAGAGUUGUCGAUCGAACAACUGCAGUGUCUUGUGUAGAUCAGGAUUUUGAGCAUAUAUAUACUUGCAUAUACAUGUACAUAAAUAUGUACAUGCAUAUGUGUUUUUACAGAGCUAUUGGAACAAGUUGUAUUCUCUACUGUGCUGCCUUAUUAACAUGAAUAGCUUUCUAUUUUAGUGGUUUGGAGGCUUUUUUAUUACUGAAUCCAUUUACAUUUAGUACUGUAUUCGCUAUACAAAUAUCUACAGACGGCAAGUUAACUAUAGAAUUUACUAGUAACUGCAGGGAUGCAGUUGAGUUGCAUGGAAAGAUCAAAUGAUAAUUCUGGCCUUUGGCUGUGGCUUUAUAGGCUGAUGCUACACAAGCAGUGCUGUGAAACAGGACCGAGACACUCCUGGAUUUCCUCUACCAUAAAUCGUAUUAUUCUGCUGCUAACGUCGAAUGUGCUCAUAGUUCUAAUCGAGGCACUAGUAAGUGUGCUAGUUUAAUCUCCGUUGCAGUGUUGGUUCAGUGCACGGGAUUGGCGGUUUAUGCUUCCUACUGAGUUUCAUGCUCGAGGGUUCACGUGACGAACGACUGCAUUGCGAUUGGUCAUUAUGACCAAUGUGACCAUUCCGACCAAUGGCAAUGAAGCAGUAGCAUGUUUGCGUUACAAACGAACCUGCACUGCGCUCAUUCCCAGAGAGCAAACUGUGCUGUGCUAAUCUCUUUAUAAAGAGCAAUGCUUCCAUUUUUAGGACAAAGCAAAACGGCUGGUAGUUACCACAAAAAAAAAUAAAAAAAAAAUAAAAAAAGACAAUACACCUAGAGAAUGGAGUAGUUUUGAAAUACUUCAAAUCAAUAGAUCAGCGAAGAAAAAAAUAAAAUAAAAUAAAUAACAUUUUGACAGGUCAGGUUCAUGUAGGCAACUCAUGUAGGCAACUCCAUGCUGAGGUUUUCAGUCCUGGGUCUCCUGGAGGCGUUUCCACGCCGACCCACUUCCUCUCCCCCAGCUCUUCCGGAGAUUAUUUUGGGCUAAUUAUUCCCUGAACGGCGAACAACCUUCACAGGGCAGGCCAUUCGCACGAUGUGCAAUAUUAAGCUUCGGGUGCGAUCCCUCCUCUCCUUUGCUGUGCCAUGUGAUAGCGAUGCAGUGUCCUGCGCUGUCCUCGUUAGGGGGAGGCUCCUGCCUCGUUAGGGGGAGGCUCGUGCCUCGUUAGGGCUCCCUUGUAGUGGUGUGAUGGCGACUGUGUGUGGGGGUUGGCAUCGUUAUCGCUCAUGUUCACCCAGUGACUGGGCCGGGGGAAGAUUUAAGCCAUAUUUCGGGGUGUCUGUUGGAACCUCGACGUGACGUAUCCCAGGAUGCAUUUGGAAGGAGCCCUCGCCUGCCCUUCUGGGCACCGCAUGCUGCCGUUAACGCGGGAUGUCGGGGCGAGGAGUGGAAGUGGUUGAGAUGGCGAAUCGAAUCGUCUGGACUGGGGUUUGGAGGCGGCUGGCUCAGUGGGAUCUGAGAGGAUUCUUGAUUGGCUCUGGCCUGUGUGACUCACAUGGCGGAUAAACGCUUUCCUGGGAGCACAGGACUGGGGGAGGUAUGGGGAGGCCGUCUUUAGCAGCUCUUGGUUUGUGUUUCUGUGUAUUUAUCAUGACCGGUGUAAUGCUGGUUUUGAUGGUCGCACUCCUGGGAUCUGACUGUACAGUAUUCUCUGUGUUUGUCUGUCUCUGAUAUCGUGCUGCCUGUUGAGUCUCCUUGUGUCUGUGUCAGACCGACUGUGUGAGGGUCCAUCUAGUUUGCAUUGCUGUUGUGAGUUGCAGCAUGCAUGCCUCUUUUAGAGUGUGUGUGUGUGUGUGUGUGUGUGUGUAUGUGUAUUUGUCAGAUUGAUCCAACAAAAUCUAGUUUGAGGUGUGAACUGCAAUAGACUGGCGCCCUUAGCGGAAGGACGCCGUGGAAUAGGACGCUCAUACACUCCGCGAAGCUGCUUGCGUCAUCGUUCCCCUCCUUCCGACGUCAUAAGGUGGGCGCUCCGGGGCCAGAGCGAUCAGGAGCGCCCCCUAGUGUGUCUCGUUCUACACUCCUUUUCCGAGGUCAUCUUCGCGCUGUAAAGGCGGAGUGCAAUUAGCAACACUCCCAACUUUAAUCAGUUUUUGUUUUUUUGUUUUGUUUUUGUUUUUUUUAACCCUGAAUACUUCUUACCGAAUCUUUGGAAAUAUUAUUUAUCUGUCAAGAUGAGGAAACUGGGGUGUGGCAGGGGUCAGUUAAUACAUGAAUACAGUUUGCAAUCACGAGGCAGGGCAUCAGCAUCCUUCAUUGGAAGAAUUUAAUUUUUUUUUGCUUUUUAGUAUUCAUUGCUUUGGUAUUAACCUAUUCAUUUAACUUGUAUACUAGUUACUCAAACUAUUUUAAUUGUUGAAUAACUGCAAAAGGCGACACUUAAAUUCCAAUGUUCGCAUUCCCUGAUGCAGGUAGGUAAUAUAGCCUACUGAAGAUUAGUGUACAGAAUUUCAUCUAAGAACUGGAAAUGAGAUUUUCCGUGUCCGGAACCAACUCAUCUUAUUUAUAGACUAGCUAUAUAUCCCUAUUUACAAGGGAGACUAUUUUUAACCAUAGCUUUAUAUAGCCUACACUCGUUUGUCUCAUGAGUGGAGCUAGCCCCUUGUGGCUAAAUAUCAUAACUGAAUUUGGAGCAUAUUAUAUAUCGGAUGAUGUUUCCAGUGAAGGGAUGCUGGUGUCCUCUCUCGCCUAGAUUAAGGUGUUUGAAUUGAAGUAUACAACUACAUAAAAUGCAGCUUAUCUGAUGGUAUUUGAAGAAACAUAAUCAAUAUGUUUAGAUGUCACUGAUCUAAUGCACAGUAGGCCUACAAGUGGAAUUGCAUUGUAUUAAAGUCGGUGUCAAGUUUCCUUGUUCUCGGGAGGAUGGAUCGAUUUCGUUGACAAGUUCAUCGAUGAUCUUUUCAAGCUUCCAACCGAUGAGCCGCAUCAUAUGCCAGACGAGAAUGUAGUAGUGACGUUAGCCUACUCCAGUCCCCAUACUGCAACAGAAGUAGGAAGGUGUUACGUUAUUGUUUUGAUUCAUAUCAUGUAUUAAAAAAAACACCGCAAGUGCAAACCUGUGUAAACACGAAUGUAUAAAACACGGAAAAGCUCCUAAAUAAAGUUUUUACUUUGUCCUUUCCACUUACUGUCAAUUCAUUAAUCGUGGCUCUGACUAUGCAGAGCUGAAAUGAUUUUUUUAAACAUAGCAGUUUUAUUGCUGUAUUUUUCCUUUAUUCGUUCUUAUUGGAAUAAAAAUAUGAUAUGAA